CAGCAUCGUCCCAAGCUGUGUGCAAGUGCAGGUGGAUUUCUGUGCCUGGUAAACCACGUAGAUUCCUUACCUCUACGGUGAAUCCAGGGACUGUCUCUGUUGCUUAGAGGGUGAAGAGUGUCUUCCCAACCAGAAGCAAUAGGAGGUGAAUGUCACGUCCAGCAGAAGAACUUUACACAUCAAACAGCCUGAGCUGCCCUGUCUCAUGACUUCUGCUCACAGACUGGAAGAGAUGGAGCCUUUCUUCUUUGAUGACUUUGGCUCAAUGAUACAGAACAAGGCCAUAGAGAGAAUCAUCUCGUCGAUGACUGUGAGGCUUUGCCAUCUGCUCAUCUCCAUGGAGAGGGACGAUGUGAAGAAAGAAGUGUUCGCUUCCUUGGAGAGGACGGCAGAGGGCCUGGCUGCAGCCAGCGAAGAGUUUGUGCAAGUUGCCAAAAGGGUGGCAGGAGAUUUCCAGACGUGGCUCCAGGAGGAAAUGGAGCCCGUGGCCGAGUCUCUGAUCCUGUCAGGAAGGAACAUCACACUGGUGGCUCAGAAACUCCAUGUGCAGCCAGAAUGUCGGUACCACCAAGAGCAGCUCGUGACCACAGCUCAGCAGAUGCUGGUGGACACCACAAAGGUGAGGCUGUUGUCAGUGCUGACUGGUCACAAGCAGCAUGGGUGGGCAUGUUACUCCCACAGUGGACCCCUGUCCCCAAGAGUGAAACCUGCCUGUUUCUACGGGAGCGACGGACCCCCGCGGACCGGCCAGGAGAGGCUGGAGACCGCCGAGGAGCGCGCGGCGCUGCUGGCCGCCACCGACGUCCUCUCCCAGGGAGUGCGCGCUGCGCUCCUGCGCCAGAUCCUGGACACGUUCACAGACACCCGGAGCCCUCUUCAAAGGCUGGUCGGCGCCGCCUUGUCGACUUCUGCAGUCGGAUCGCCGGGCGCGGGCGAGGACUUGCGGAAAGGCCUCCAGCGUUUCCGUGCAGCUUUCCACGAGCGGGCAGAGCAGAUGCUCCGGGUGGCCCACUUGGUCUUGGUUUGCUGCUCCCAGCGACAAACUGGUAGAGACCUGGAGGCCUCCAUGGCAGACCUUGGCGGGCUGGUGGCCAGAGUGCACCAGCUGUUCUCAGGAGGCCCAGCAGGGUCUGGUGCGGACCGGAGCCCCGCGGCCCUGAGGGCCCUGCUUCAGGCCUGGGCUCGGGCGAGCGAACGCCUCGUGGCCUGUUUUGAUGAUGUUCUCAACAUUCCUGAAUUCUUGAGCGUGUCCACUCAGGAAAUGAUCAAGCACUUGGACUUCCUUGCGUGGGCUUUGAGGAGUGGAGAUCCCGGAGGGUUUUUCAGGUCUGUGAUGUAUUUGCAGGGCCGAGCCGCACACAUAGUGCAGGUAAUGAGUAGGUAUGUGGGCCGCGAUUCGGAUCCCAUUUUCCGGAAUGGCCUGAGAGUUUUGAUCUGGCAGCUGCAGCAGUCUUCCUUGGUCUUGGGUGCAGCUACCCAGCACAGGUCAGGUGGGUGCAGCUCUCAGGAUAGAGAGGUGCUUUUAGCCAUGGCAACACAUCUCAUCUAUUCUGUUCAGCAAGUCCAAGAGGGGUUGGACGGGACCAACCACCCACAUAUCCUCAGCCCUCUUCGAGACCAAAUCCAAAGAUUUGACAUAGCUAAGGGACAGCCUCAUACCCUUCUUCCAAGCCUCCAGGACAACUCACUUCCUGGGUGGAAACACCAGAAGGUCCCUGUGUUAGGGCAACGUGACCUGGCCAUGCCCUGUCCACCAAAAGACUGUACUUCUCACCCCUGGAGUCCUAACACCUGUGCACAGAGGAGGUCUGCUCCUCCCCUCACCACCAGCAAACUCACUCCUGCUGAAGAGAGCCAGGACCUCCAGGCAGUGGCCUCAACUUGCACCCAAGUGCUGGAGCAGGGUGCAGACACAGAUGCAGCUCAAGAGGGUGGGGAGGGACCACCAGGAUCAGAGAGGAUGACAAGACUCCAAGAGAUCCCGACACUGGCACCUUCUGUUAUUGACCUGGUCAGGGAGACAGCCCAUAGCACAACUUCUAGAAGUGAUAGCUUUCUAGAAGCCACUUUCCGACUGUCUGGGGGGACCAGGGAAACCAGGCAGGGUUUGGUAGCCACGGCUGGUGACUGGUAUCCUCUGUGUCAACAACUCUUUUGCCAUAACCCCCAAACUGAUUUAUCAGGGAGCAUUUCAGUAUUCACAGAGCUUCAGCAGAAUUUAACUUCAAUGGUUCAACUGGCAGCUAAAAGUUGCUGCAAGGAUCUGGAUAAGAAGGAUCCUGACUCCUUGGGACAUCCAGAAGUGCUAUUGCAAAUCGGGGACAGAUUGGAGGAGGCAGAGAUUCAUGCCAAAUGGCUGUUGGACAUGGUUCUGGCCUCUGAUGGUCUCCAAGCUCCUGCAUCUUGGGAAGGGAACAUUGAGAAUGGAUGCCUUUUGUGGUCAGUGGCUGUUCAAGACCUGAUCCAGAACAUGGAGAGGCUCAGCGGGAGACAAGGCCUGUUUCUACUGCCCCUUCAACAGGCUGUAAAGGAUCAUCAGGGAUUGAAGGAAGGGUUGGAUCAGGUAGCAGAUGUUUCUCAAAGGCUGCAGGAGGCUGCCAGUCUGUCCGGCCUUCUGUGUGGGGAUGAGCAGGUAAAGGGUGAGAUCUCCUUUCUGUGCAGGGAGGUUCAUAUUCUCAGAGAUGCUCUGCUGGAUGUGGCACAGAUCCUAGGCUCCUCCCCCAAACCAUCUCCCAGCCUGUCCACGCGCUUUCAGAUUCUCUGCCUGGAGCUCACCCUCCGAGCCAAGACCCUGACUGGCCACCUCAGUGGCAUCAAUGCAGAGUAUGAAUGUGCCUUUCAAGAUGCGAUUUCUCCACAGUUCUCUGUCUGCAAGAACUCUCAGACCAGGACACAAAGGUCCCUAGAAAGAAUGGUAUCUGGUAUCCAAGCUGUACAGGGAAUUGUAGUGAGACAUCAAGAGUCUGGGCCUUGCCCAGAAGACCUUCUUAUAGCUCUGGAGAGCAUUCUCAUCCUCACCAAGGAGGUGAACCGGAGGGUUUCUGUGCUCCAAGAAGGUCCAGAGGAGUGGGGCAUGUAUGUGUUGGAGUGGCUUCGGUGGGAGUGGGCAGCCAGGGCCCACCAUGCGGUGGCCCAGCUCCAGGCCUGGAAAGGUGGUCAUACCAAGGCCUGGAGUCUCCUGGACCAAUGCUUAAAGCUCAGGGAGGAGCCAGCAAGGGCCCCAGAACAGGACUCCAUCCAGCCCCAGCUCCACUGUGAGGAGGGUGCUGCGGGAGGCAAGGUGGAUGCUCAGGGUUCUGCCCCCAGGGCCACUGUUGGAAGUUCAAUGGGAACCUGCACUGCUGAGCCAGCUGUCACUGGGACCCCCCCAGCAAGCAUGGGCAUGCAGCAGGACGACUCCCCUGACUCCCCCAGCUGUGCAGCCAGACCUCAUGCUGAGCUGGACCAGCCUCCCCAGGAGGACCAGGAUGGCAGCACAGGCCACGAGAGCAGAAUCGCCCAGAUCACACAGGAGAUGACGGAGCAGGUGUCCCUGAUGGCUCAGAGCCUGAGGAGGAGCGGGCACGUCCUGACCAAAGAUCAGCUCAUCACCUCUGCUAAGAAAAUUGCAACUUCUGGACAAAACUUCACCAGACUUAUUCUUAUCAUUGCUAAGAACUGCAUAGAUCAGAGAUGUUCCCAGGAGCUUCGCUGUGCGGCAGAGCAAAUUCAAACCAUGAGCAGCCAGCUCCGCAUCAUCUCCAGUGUAAAGGCCUCCUUGGCAAGAAGCAGGUCCUCUGAGGAGCUGCUGGUGGACAAUGCCCAGUGGCUCCUCCAAGCUGUCUUCAAGACUGUGAGGGCUGCAGAAGCUGCAAGUCUCAGGGGCUUGAGACAGCCUUGCCUGGAUCUGGAAGAACGGGAAGUUGCUGCCUUCUGUAUACAGCAGAGGAAGAAAAUACUAAGUCACAGACCUCAAGAAACCACAAAAGACUGUGAAGAGCUGAGCCUGCAAAAGGCAGGCAACAAAGAAUCCCCACUUGCAGCCUUGGUUCAAGAAGCCUUAUAA